UGCUUCCCAGAGGAGCUCACAAUCUGUUGUUGUACUUCCAGUUCAUGCGGGAGAUGGCAGGGGCCUGGCAGAUGGCAGUGGAGCAGAAGUUUGGCCUGUUUUCUGCUGAAAUAAAUGAAGCUGACCCUCUGGCAGCAUCAGAAGCAAGUCAGCCAAAACCCUGCCCCCCUGAAGUGACGCCUCACUACAUCUGGAUCGAUUUCCUGGUACAGCGUUUUGAGAUUGCCAAGUACUGCAGCUCCGACCAGGUUGAGAUUUUCUCCAGUCUCCUGCAGCGUUCCAUGUCCCUGAACAUCGGCGGGACCAAGGGGAGCAUGAACCGCCAUGUGGCUGCCAUUGGACCCCGCUUCAAACUGCUGACCCUGGGACUGACCCUCCUACAUGCUGAUGUGGUCCCCAAUGCGACCAUUCGCAAUGUGCUCCGGGAGAAGAUCUACUCAACUGCUUUUGACUACUUCAGUUGUCCCCCCAAGUUCCCGACUCAAGGAGAGAAGAGGCUGCGUGAAGAUAUCAGCAUCAUGAUCAAGUUUUGGAUGGCCAUGUUUUCAGACAAGAAAUACCUCACUGCCAGCCAGCUAGUACCCCCAGAUAACCAAGACACGCGGAGCAACCUGGACAUAACAGUUGGCUCCCGACAGCAGGCCACACAGGGCUGGAUCAACACAUAUCCACUGUCCAGCGGAACAUCCACUAUCUCCAAGAAGUCAGGGAUGUCUAAGAAAACCAACCGGGGCUCCCAGUUACACAAGUACUACAUGAAGCGUCGGACACUGCUACUGUCUCUGCUGGCCACUGAGAUUGAGCGCUUAGUCACAUGGUACAACCCCCUAUCGGCACCAGAACUGGAACUGGACCAGGCCGGGGAGAACAGUGUGGCCAACUGGAGGUCCAAGUAUAUUAGCCUGAGUGAGAAGCAGUGGAAAGACAACGUCAACCUUGCUUGGAACAUCUCACCUUACCUGGCCGUGCAACUGCCAGCCAGGUUUAAAAACACAGAAGCCAUUGGUAACGAGGUGACCCGUCUGGUCCGAUUGGACCCAGGAGCCGUCAGUGAUGUUCCGGAAGCUAUCAAGUUCCUGGUCACUUGGCACACCAUUGAUGCUGAUGCACCUGAGCUCAGCCAUGUGCUCUGCUGGGCACCCACGGACCCGCCCACUGGCCUCUCCUACUUCUCCAGCAUGUACCCACCGCACCCGCUUACCGCACAGUAUGGGGUCAAGGUGUUGCGGUCCUUCCCACCGGAUGCUAUCCUAUUCUACAUCCCACAGAUUGUGCAGGCCCUCAGGUAUGACAAGAUGGGCUACGUGCGGGAGUACAUCCUGUGGGCAGCAUCCAAAUCUCAGCUGCUGGCCCACCAGUUCAUCUGGAACAUGAAAACCAACAUUUAUCUAGAUGAGGAGGGGCACCAGAAGGAUCCUGACAUUGGCGACCUGCUUGAGCAGUUAGUGGAGGAGAUCACAGGUUCUUUGUCGGGCCCAGCUAAGGACUUCUACCAGCGGGAGUUUGAUUUCUUCAACAAGAUCACCAAUGUGUCGGCCAUCAUUAAGCCCUACCCUAAAGGUGACGAGAGAAAGAAGGCAUGCCUGUCAGCGCUAUCUGAGGUGAAAGUGCAGCCAGGCUGCUACCUGCCCAGCAACCCUGAGGCCAUCGUCCUGGACAUCGACUACAAAUCUGGGACCCCGAUGCAGAGUGCGGCAAAAGCCCCAUACCUGGCCAAAUUCAAGGUGAAGCGAUGUGGAGUGAGUGAGCUUGAGAAAGAAGGGCUGCGGUGUGGCUCUGACUCUGAGGAGAACGGCACACAGGAGGCAGACACACAGAAGAUCUCCUGGCAGGCUGCAAUCUUCAAAGUUGGGGAUGACUGCAGACAGGACAUGCUGGCCCUGCAGAUCAUCGACCUCUUCAAGAACAUCUUUCAGCUGGUUGGUUUGGACCUCUUCGUGUUUCCAUACCGGGUAGUGGCCACUGCCCCUGGGUGUGGGGUGAUUGAGUGUAUCCCCGACUGCACCUCGAGAGACCAGCUGGGUCGCCAGACGGACUUUGGCAUGUAUGACUACUUCACACGCCAGUAUGGGGAUGAGUCCACUUUGGCCUUUCAGCAGGCUCGCUACAACUUCAUCCGAAGCAUGGCUGCCUACAGCCUCCUGCUGUUCUUGCUGCAGAUCAAAGAUCGGCACAAUGGCAACAUCAUGCUGGACAAGAAGGGCCACAUCAUCCACAUCGACUUUGGCUUCAUGUUUGAAAGCUCACCAGGCGGGAACCUGGGCUGGGAGCCAGACAUCAAGCUGACAGAUGAGAUGGUGAUGAUCAUGGGAGGCAAGAUGGAGGCCACACCCUUCAAGUGGUUUAUGGAGAUGUGUGUCCGUGGCUACCUGGCCGUAAGGCCCUACAUGGAUGCUGUCGUGUCUCUGGUCACUCUCAUGUUGGACACUGGCCUACCCUGCUUCCGAGGCCAGACAAUCAAGCUCUUGAAGAACAGGUUUAGUCCCAACAUGACAGAGCGAGAAGCCGCAAAUUUCAUCAUGAAGAUCAUUCAGAACUGUUUCCUCAGCAACAGGAGCAGGACCUACGAUAUAAUCCAGUACUAUCAAAAUGACAUCCCCUACUGAG